UUUGUGGUACCAGCAACACCGCGUAUCCUAUACAAUUAGACAUUUCCAGCACCACCUCUUUUUAACUCCAUAAAUUACAACCCUAACGUAGCACUUAUCUAUCUUAUCUUUGUUAUCUUCUGUUCUUCUUUCAAGAAGAUAUGGAGUUCCUUUCCAGUUUGUUGUUUCUACUUGUUUUUAUUGCAAGCGUUGUUCAUAUUUUCUUUCAUUUUCCCACCAAAAAGAUCCACGCAUGGAUCAAGUCGUUCUUCGCUGACGCUUGCCCAACAACUGCUGCUGCAAGUGCUCGACAAGUUUUGGAAUCUCCCAAUAAUGAAAGCAAGAGUAGUAGUGGAUAUAAGAAAGUUGAGCUGAAGAGGCUAUUUGCCACCUUUGACAAGAACGGUGAUGAAUUCAUAACGAAGCAAGAGCUUCGGGAGUCGUUGAAGAACCUUAGUAUCUUGGUUACAGAGAAGGAAGUUGAAGAACUGGUUGCGAAAGUUGAUACUAAUGGAGAUGGAUUCAUUGACUUUGAUGAGUUCUGCAUGUCGUACGAAGCUAUGAUUGGGCAUCAAGAUCAUGGAGCUUCAGGAGGUAUUGGAGAAGAUGGCAAAGAUGAGGUUUUUGAUGAAGAGGGGGAUUUGAAGGAGGCUUUUGAUGUGUUUGAUAAGGAUAAAAAUGGGCUAAUUUCAGUGGAGGAGCUGGGCUUUGUCUUGUCUUCUUUAGGUUUAAAGGAAGGGAAGAAAUCUGAGAACUGUAAAGAGAUGAUUAGGAGGGUUGACAGCGAUGGAGAUGGUAUGGUUAAUUUUGAUGAGUUUAGGAGGAUGAUGAAGUCUGGAGGAAAGCUUGUUAAAGUCUCUUGAAUCUAAAUGGAUUCUAAGUUCUUCCUUACUAGAUCCAAAAUUCAGAUGUCACACAGAUUGUAGAUAUAACAAUAGAAGUGUUGUUUACCGUCCAGUUUUAAGCUUCUUCCUAAAUUGUUUGCCUUGAACUUCACAUAUAUACAUAUGAUAUAUUGUAUAAAA